AUGAACAACAUCAAAAAGUUUCUCUUAGCCAUUUAUAUUCCUCUUCUUUUAGCAUGUCAUGAUCGUGUCUUAGCAAGCAGCGCCAACACCAGAGAUAUCAUAGUCCCGAAGAUUUCUGACUGGCAAAUCACGGUGGUCAACGGUUUAAUCACCAGUGAAACUCUCUUCAUCCAUUGUAAAUCUAAAGAUGACGACUUAGGCGAACAAAAUCUGCGUCUGGGAGAAAGAAUUUUUUGGAAUUUUCGAGAAAAUAUGCUUCACUCGACUUUAUUUUGGUGCUACUUGAGUAAAGAUGAUGGUCAUAUGAACGUGAAAGUGUUUUGGGAUGAUGUAAUCUUGUUCCAUAGAUGCGGUUGGAAACAGUGUGUUUGGACCGCUAAAACUGAUGGCCUUUAUCUUUGGAACUCUGCUAUUGGUGAAGACUUAUUACUAGAGAAAUGGGAAGCUGGGUGGUGA